UCGACUCUUGCGAUUCUGCCCGUCGUCAGUCUUGAUAAUUCAUUCUUCCACACUGCCAACAUCACCACAAUUGAGCCCUUUGGCUUAUAUCCCUACAGAAGUAAAUCAAAGGGAUUGCCUCUACUAAUAUUUCACAAUGCGUCCGUCCUUGUUGAGGUUGGCAUCAGCCACCAGUACUCAGCGUGGUUUAAAGCCAAACCCCAUGGCUCUCCUCCCUCCCAUUCCCUUGUACCGACGACUCCUGCGUGCUCACCGCAAGCAUUUGCCACCUGAUAUGAGAAUCCUUGGAGACGAGUACAUCAAGGCUGAGUUCAGGGCGCAUAGAAAGGUGGAUAACCCGGCUCAUCUGAUUGGGUUCUUGACAGAGUGGCAGAUGUAUGCGCAAAAGAUUGAGGGUGACCAGUGGGUAGGUGAUAAGCUGGAUGAGCAGAAGCUCUCAAAGAUGAGUGAUGAGCAAAUACAGCAACUAUAUGAGUUGAUGCAAGCUAUUCAAAACAGGGGCAAAGAGGGUGGUGAGCAGGAGUCAUAGACGCCUGGAUACUUACUAUACAUAGGUACUGUAGACAUACAUUGUACAACUAGAUCAAGCAAAUCUUUCACCUUGAAUUUUAA